CUUGAGCUGGACGAGUGAUGUUAUGUUAGCUCCCGUUAUCUCCCCAACAUCUCUAGAGCUUUGACACAACCCAGGGACGACUUGUGUUGACUUUAUCAAUCCAUUAAUGGUGCAACCGAAAGAACAGACACUCGACUCUGUUGACUAAAUAGCAGUGAUAUGGAUGAAGCGUAUCGUUACUCUAACGUUAGGAGUAGUAUUCCUGUGCUAACGUUAGAGCUAGCCUACUCUAGCUGUUCAUGCAACACAGUCACUGAUCUCAGCCAGAAGCAGAGCAGCCUGCAGCCUGUGAAGAACAGCAGGUGAAGCAGGUGUUGACACAUACGGAGUCAGGAGGAGGACUGGUUCAUCACCUGUGUGCAGAGAAGGAUCCAGAAAAAGAAGGGGAGGACACGAAGAGGGCUGCAGAUGGCUGGCUUUCUGGAUAACUUCCGCUGGCCAGAGUGCGAAUGCAUCGACUGGGGGGAGAGGAGGAACACAAUAGCUUCUAUUGCCUCUGGAGUUCUGUUCUUCACAGGCUGGUGGAUCAUGAUCGAUGCAGCAGUGACGUAUCCAACCCAGGAGGAGAUGAGCCACGCAUUCCACACAUGUGGCGUCUUCUCCACCAUAGCAUUCUUCAUGAUAAAUGCUGUUUCUAAUGGCCAGGUGAGAGGAGACACAUAUGGAGAGGGCUGCCUUGGCAGGACAGGAGCCCGUCUCUGGCUGUUUAUCGGCUUCAUGAUGAUGUUUGGCUCGCUCAUCGCCUCCAUCUGGAUCCUGUUCGGUGGCUAUGUGGCGCCAAAUAAAGAAGUGGCACCCGGGCUGGCUGUGUUCUUUCAGAAUGCCUUCAUCUUUUUUAGCACUCUGAUCUACAAGUUUGGCCGGACCGAAGAUUUAUGGGGUUAGAGGGUCACGCACACGCACACACUCUCUCUGACUGAGUCGACAGCCAUAUGGUGUUGUAGAUAUUUUUACCAGCUCUGGAUCCCUUUUCACGUCUUCCCUGAUGUGAAUAUAGUUCUGUCAUUUUGUUGAGAUACAUUUGCAUACUCCUCGUUUUGUUCACACUCUAUCUGCGCUGUUCUUCAGAAAUGAAUUUAUUCCAAAUGUUUGUAUUUUAAAUGAGACCUUGUUAUUGAGAACGGAGUUUCAUUUCCUUUUUAUUGUAUCUCAAAUGCAUCUCAAGUGUCAAUUCAUGUCGUCAUUUGUUCAACAUGUCGAGUGGUCACAGUUUAAUUUCACUGUAGUGAAUCAGAAAGGGAAAACAGUAUUAAUAUAAUACUAAUUUAUUGUUGUAAAUACAUUGCGAAGUGGACGUGACGGUAAACACAAGGGAGAAGAAAAAGCCCUUUCUGCUGUCUCUACUUCAGCUGCUCAUAUUGUAUGCUUGUAUGUGACUUCAUGUCAUGCACUGGAUGAUAUUGUAUUUUAGAUAAGUGUUUUGUUUUUCACAGGUCUGAUUCCUAUUGGGGUCAGUUUCCUGUUGACAGAUUAGUCACUGUCGUUCUGCCUCAGGAGGAAGUGUGUUUUUUUACAUAGUCUGUCUUGUCCUCUUGUACUUCGUCUUUAUUGAGCUCUUGUUUCUACCAGAAAAUGUCCUGUAAACUGAAAAUGAAAGUUUUUAGAUAUUUCACAUUUCUUUUGGGUAGCCAUUUAAAGUAUUUAAGUAUAGAACAAAUCUUGUGAAGCUGUCGAUUAGACUGCUGUAGUGGCAUUAUUAAAGGACUUGUACUUUACACUCCUUGCUAUCACAUAUAGACACGUGCAACAGACAAUUUUUGUAUGUAAUAAGAUGUACUUUUACUCAAAAGCUUUGACUUGCAUGGAGUAAAAAAUACGCUGUGGAUUUGGGGUUAUUUCCCAUCUUCCCUACAGCUUUUUAAUCAUUUUGUCUGACUUGUCAAGAACUUAAAAGGUGAAAAAUAAAGAAAAUGUUUUAUUGGA